ACCGUAUUUUCAAAGCCGGAAGCAAGGUCACGACCGAACCGGACGUUUACAGUUUAGCAUUCCUACAGCGUUGUAAACUAAUCCUUGUCGAUAUUUGGGUCUUUUUCUAUUGUUGCCUUACAGUCGAAUUCAACAAUGUCCGAAAGAAAAGUCCUAAAUAAAUACUACCCCCCAGAUUUCGAUCCUGCCAAAAUCCCAAAGCUUAAACUCCCUAAAGAUCGACAGUAUGUGGUCAGAUUGAUGGCUCCGUUCAAUAUGAGGUGUAAAACAUGUGGUGAGUACAUCUACAAGGGAAAGAAAUUUAAUGCGCGUAAAGAGACUGUUCAGAAUGAACAUUACAUGGGACUGCCGAUCUUUCGAUUCUACAUUAAAUGCACUCGGUGUCUUGCUGAGAUCACAUUUAAGACUGACCCAGAGAACACAGACUAUGCCAUGGAGCAUGGUGCCACACGGAACUUCCAGGCUGAGAAACUCUUGGAGGAAGAGGAGAAAAGAAUACAGCAGGAGAGAGAAGAUGAAGAAUUAAACAACCCUAUGAAGGUAUUAGAGAAUCGUACAAAAGAUUCAAAGAUGGAGAUGGAAGUUCUGGAGAACCUCCAGGAACUGAAGGAGCUGAACCAAAGGCAGGCUCUGGUGGACUUCGAGGGAAUGAUCGAUCGCUACCGAGAGCUGGAAAAGCGAGAGAGGGAAAGAGAAAAAGAAGAGGAUGAACGUGAGACAAAAGAGAUGUUGGAACGUGCUCUUGUGAAAAGACUGAGGGACUCUGACUCUGAAUCAGACGGAGAAGAGGAGAGCAGCAGGGGCCACUUAAAACAGACUUGUGCAGAUAAACCAACAGAUAUCCUCACCGCUGAUAAAGCAGCAAAUCUGCAGGGAACUUCGUCUGGGGGAGUAAAGAGGCCAAAGGUGGAGAGCUGGGAGAAGAGUGUCGGGACCCUGGGAGGCCGAGGGGCCCUGAGCUCCCUGGUGGUGCGAAAGAAACCAACAGAAAUGGAUAAAAAACCCAACAGAGAGGAGGCAUCUACUGCGUCACAAUCAGAUUCAAUGGCAUCCACGGGCGACUCAGCAGAUCCUUCUAAAUGCAGCGUUUCUCAGAAUGGAUCAUCAUCUCUCAGCCUACUGGGGGCGUAUUCAGACAGCGACAGCAAUGACAGCGACUGAAAG